CCAGCUCAAAAGCACCCCCUCCAUAUCCUAUUUUCCUUUACUCAUUUCACGACCAUCUCGUCUCCUCCUUCAUGUCCUGGCGCUCUAUUUCUUCCAACUCCCUUGUUUUUUCUCAGCGAAGCAUACUUUCAAACACUUUACAUUCCCAUUACUUUUCUACUCCGACACCUUCGAUAGUUCAAUGACACUCUCUCCAGAUCCAGUCCUUUGAAAAAAAGAAGCCAAAACCAAAACCCCAUUUCUCUCGACUCGUUGAAGCAUUACAAAUUCAAAAGGAAAGAAAACAUGGGUGGUUUAAGAGAGUCAUGGUGUUUUUGUAAAGGAGUUAGCAAGUCGGAAAGAAUGAAGGGCACCAUUUUCUCGAGUAAAGCUCCGACAAUGGCCAGAAUCAUCGGCGCCUCCGGUGAUGGAAUCUCGGUUACCGGAUUUCUCAUCCACCGGAAUCUUCUCUUAACUACUCACGUUAACCUCCCUUCUGUAGCUGCUGCUGAGAGCUCCGAGAUCCGGCUCCAAAACGAUGUUGCUGCCACUCUCGUUCCUCACAGGUUUUUCAUUACCAGCUCCGUUUUAGAUCUAACAAUUGUGGGCUUAGAUGCCCUGGAUGGAGAAUCAAAUACCCAGGGCCACCAGCCUCAUUACUUGAAGACGUGUUCUAAACCAAAUUUAUAUCUAGGAAGUGCUGUUUACCUUCUAGGUUGCACCGAGAAACAAGAAGUAACAAUAGGUGAAGGGAAGGUGGUGAUUGCCACAGACAACCUCAUAAAACUGUCAACUGAUGGAAUAAUAUGGAACCCUGGCUCAGCCGGAUUUGAUUCACAUGGGAACCUUGCAUUUAUGAUUUGUGAUCCUAUGAAGCUAGCUUCCUCUCCUAAUACCAAGUCAUCCAUGACUUCUUCAUCCUCGUCAUCGUGUAAGAAAGAUAUUCCUACGCAAUUUGGUAUUCCCAUUCCCAUCAUUUGUGACUGGUUAAACCAGCAUUGGGAAGGUAGUCUUGAUGAAGUUACCAAACCUAAGCUACCAAUUAUUAGGUUGAUGUCUUCAGGCCAGAAGAGUGAGCAUUCUUCUGCAUCCUUCACAAUGCGCCAGGUUUUUAAAUCAACCGGAGAUGAUAGUGACAUAACUCCAUCUUCAUCAAAUAUAAUCAUGAAAGUUAAGGAUCAACCAGGACCAAGCAGUUCCGCUGCAGCGAACACUAUUGAAGAAGAGACGUGUUCUGAUCCACAUGUUGUGCAUGUACAAGGAAUCCCAACACCUGAAAUAUAUGAAUCACCAAAGUUGACUGCUGUCCCUCUUAGGAAGAAAGAAACCAGCCAAAUCCAGCUUUUGGAUAUAAAUUUUCCUCCCAGGAUUGUGAAAACUGCUGUAGUUCUGCGGCCUAACAAACAAGAGCUUCCGAAUACAUGUGAGAAUGCUUUGAAGGAGCUUCCUCCAGAAAUCCUAUUGAGAGAAGAAGAGCAAAUCAAGAAUAGACUACAUGCAAGUCCCAGAGAGGAUGCUGAUGUUGGCUCGAUGGCUUCCGUAAACGGGGCCCAGAGUGAGGUCCAGUCUAGUUCAUCUCCAGUAGAACGUCCAGAGAUGUAUAAUGGGUACAGCAGUGAGGGGGAUACCAUGUACUCUGCCGAGACUGCCGAGAGUCGAAACUACACAAGUCCAAGAGAAGGGAAGUUUCAGCAAGUGGGAAGGAGCCAGAGUUGUGUGGGUUACACAAGAUGGGGAGCUGUUCAAAGAAACCCAGCAGCUCGCAGGGCACUGCUGGAGAAGCAGAGGAGCUUUAUACAUGGAAAGAAGACUUACUCACAAGGGGCAACUUCUCAAAGAAGUAACGACUACUACAGCCCUACGGUUUCCUCAAUCAUGAAGAAACGGAACAACUCGGAGCAGCCACCAGUCAAACAACGCCAAAGCACAGGUCAUUCAUCCCCGAGAUGGCUGUUUUAAUGAUACUGAAAUGAUGCCAAAAAGCCAACAACAAAUAUAUAUACCAAAAUGUAUUUCAUUAUUUGCAUUUAGUGCAAACUAAUUUGUCGUGACACUGUGUAGACUGAUUCAAUAUGAUAAAGAAAAAGAUUCAGCCACCAUACCAUGUUGUAGUUCUUAUGAUUGAUCCAGUUAGCCACAUUGCUAAUACAAUUGCAUUUUCAGGCACAAUUUCGGGUAAGUAGCUUUUACAA